UGUCCAAUUACAGUCUCGCAAAUAUCUUGUCCAACCUCGUAGCACCUAGCAAGGUAACCUGCUUCAGCAACACUGUGUAACUUAGCUCAUCACACAGCACGAUAUUAUUUUCAAUUCAGUGCCGUUUAGCACCAUUUCAAACUUGAUUCUGUCGUAUUUGUUCGCAUCAAUCAACAGAAGUAGUCUUCAUAAGUUUCAUUCAUCAACAAAAUCACGGCGAGGAUGACUGACACUGAGAUAGAGGGUCCGGGGAGACACAGGAACGGGGAUGUGCUCGCAGAAUCGGCGACAAAAAGAGAUGAUGUGUUUGAUGAAACGUACAAAGAGAAAGAAGGUCCUAAACCUUCAAUGAGAAUCGUGUGGAAAAAUAUCAUAUUGAUGACUUUAUUGCACAUUGGAGCCGUGUACGGCAUCUCCCUCGUCCCAUCUGCUCAUGUUUUGACCUGGGCUUGGUCUGUGUUUUGCUUUUUAACAAGUGCUUUAGGAGUGACUGCGGGGGCUCACCGGCUAUGGAGCCACAGGUCCUACAAGGCCUCGUUACCUCUCAGAAUCUUUCUUGCCACUGCCAACUCCAUGGCCUUUCAGAAUGACAUCUUUGAAUGGGCUCGGGACCACAGAGUUCACCACAAGUUUUCAGAGACCGAUGCCGACCCCCACAACGCCGUCCGAGGGUUCUUCUUCGCCCACAUCGGUUGGCUCCUGGUGCGUAAACACCCGGACGUCAUUGAGAAGGGGAAGAAGCUGGAGCUCAGUGACUUGAAGGCUGACAAAGUUGUCAUGUUCCAGAGGAAGUAUUACAAGAUGUCAGUGGUGCUGAUGUGCUUCUCCAUCCCCAUGUUUGUUCCUUGGUGCCUGUGGGGAGAGAGCCUGUGGCUGGGCUACUUCGUACCAGGCCUGCUGAGAUACACCCUGGUACUGAACGCUACCUGGCUGGUCAACAGUGCUGCCCACAUGUGGGGCAACCGGCCCUACGACACCAACAUCAACCCCAGAGAGAACAAGUUUGUCACCCUUAGUGCCAUAGGUGAAGGAUUCCAUAACUAUCACCACACCUUCCCUUAUGAUUAUGCAUCAAGUGAGUUUGGCUGCAAACUGAACCUGACCACCUGUUUCAUCGACUUGAUGUGUUUCCUCGGCCUGGCAAAGGACCGCAAGAGAGUGUCCCCUGAAAUAGUGCUGGCCCGGGCUCAGCGCACUGGGGACGGAAGCACCCGGAACCGGAGUGGCUAAGAGGUUUUCCCCAAUCUCAAAAAAGCACCAAAACCAAUGUAAAAAAAAAUAUAUAGAAAACUGACAAAAGUUUAGUUUGCAGUGUAAUUUUGAGAGAUGCUUCUCUAUCUUGUAGCUACGUCACAGCUUCACUCUUCUCCUUUGUGAGCUAUACAUUUCCUAAAGACUUCUUAAAGAUUCAUGUUAGCUUUUAAAAUAGGGACUUUUAAUCACCUGAUGUUUUACUGUUUCAUUUCUUCUUCGCUGCAGCAAAUAGUCUGUUGUGUGAAAUGGUACAAAUCUGUCUGUUGCCAAAGCUGGUAUGCUGCCAUUGGUCAAGCCUCCCUCAGUAGGCUGGAGGAGGUAUUUCUGAGCUGUGAAUGCUUCUUCUGCUGCAAUGGUACGUUGAUGUUGCAUAGGCAAUCAAUCCAGAGUUUCUUAAACCGCAGUCAAGUAUUAAAGGAGAGAUUAUAAAAAUAAGGAAGCUUUUUAAACUUGUUGUUGUGACACCUUUAAAUCUCCAUCUUGAAGUGAAGCUGUCAGUUGUGUCCAUAGCUUUCAUGUAAUGUGGGUCAUGUAACCAAAACAGAUACUUUUCUAUUCUUAAAGUAACUGUCCAGUGAAAAUCUCACUUUUAAAAGGUCAUAUUCUGUUUACUCAUACCCAAAUAAUGUUGCGGACUCGUCCUAUACUUACUUGUAUUUGUGGCCAAAGCAUAAAUUGGAGGAAGAAAAAUCACUUCAAAAAUCCCACUUCAAACUUGUAUCUCAAACAGACGGUUUAAAAAAUGCUUGCUAUUUCCUCAUAGAGUAUGAUGUUCUGGCCAAUCAGCGGCUUACUCACAUUAAUAUGUAUAAUGACCGGUAUAUACGCCCACACCAUUCCAACACAGAAAAGCUGCUUUUUAACAGACUUAAUUAAAACAUUUGUAAGGAAAACUAUUUCACUCAUAUUGUAAUUUAUUACAAGUCAUAUUUCAUAAAACUCUGGAAACAGUGGACAGUUACUUUAAUACUCAAUGAUUACUGGAUAUUAAUAAGGAAUAGAGUCCUGAAACGUGGAAAACCAUGUUCCAUUUCAUAGAGUAUAUGAGAUUUAUUAGGUUUCAGCUGACUUGGUUCUUAUUCAACAUUGUUACAGUUUACAGCAAAGUGUUUAAAGUAUACAUAAGGACUUACUUUAUUGAGAGGGGUCGCAGUGGAACUGAAUAAAGCACAGACAUGACGGUACUGUCACAAAAAGAGAUUAGAGAUUUUAUACUUCUUAGAAAACAAAUUAAGAAUACAUGCUCCCCUCCCUAGAUUUUCAACCAGGUUAGAGCUAAAAUAUAUAUAUAUAUUUUAUAUAUAUAUUUAUUAUAUAUAUAAUAAUAUAUAUUAUAUAUAUUAUAUUAUAUAUAUAUUAGUAGUAAAUAGUAGUAAAUAGUAAAAAAUAUUUUUGAAUGUGCUGUUUCUUAUAGAAGCAGGGCUGACUAACUAGGUGAGAAUAUUUUGGACGGUAGAGCAAGACAUUUUUUAAAGCUAACUCCCUGCAAUUGUACACAUUUUGCCAUGGGGCAUUGAUAAAAAUGUGCCGUUUUAAAGCUAAUUUCCCAGCUGGUAAUCCAGCCAUGAAUAUAAAACAGUUCUCUGCCAUGGCCAUUCUACCGUAGGCUGUGUGUACUUUGUACAAGCUAUUUGUAGUCUACAGCACUUCUAAUUGAAUUGACAAAAAAACAACUCAAUAAAAAAUUCUUUCGUUGAUAAAAGUAAACUAGUAAAAGGUGAAUGUAAAAUGUAGUUGUUAGGAUUAUGGCCAUAAAAUGAACUUCUGAAUCCCUGAAGAGGGACCUGCAGUAUUUAUUUUUACCUUGGCAAGUAAG